AUGCUAGAUUCACUACUACUAACUGACGAAGACGACACUGAUUCCGAAUCACCCAUGGAUACGGAAUCAUCCAUCCCACCGAUCAAUCCAUACCUAGGCGCGCAAGACCCCACCGAAGCAGCCCUUGAAGCCCGAGAAACCCAUAAAUACCUCCUCGCCAAAUCCUACUUCGACACUCGGGAGUACGACCGCUGUGCUGCCGUAUUCCUUCCCCCUACUACAUCCCCAGUUCCUCUCACCGUUGCCUCGCCAAAUCCCAAAUCCAGACAAUCCCGGACAUCGCUCAAGAGCAAAGAAAAGUCCUCUCCGUUCACGCCCUCCAAAAAUCAGCCCCGCCAAAAUCCCUAUCCAAAUCUCAGUCAAAAAUCGCUAUUCCUUGCGCUUUAUGCGAAGUUCAUUGCAGGAGAGAAGCGUAAAGAUGAGGAAACAGAAAUGGUCCUAGGUCCGGCCGAUGGGGGAAUGGCUGUUAAUCGAGAAUUACCAGAUCUUGCCCGAGGCCUAGAGGGGUGGCUGAUGGAUCGCAGCGCAAAAGGUCUUGAAGAGCAGGGACAAGGAUGGCUAGAGUAUCUAUAUGCCGUUGUCCUGCUCAAAGGACGAAAUGAGGAUCUGGCGAAGAAAUGGCUUAUCAAAAGUGUGCAUCGCAAUCCCUUCCAUUGGGGUGCAUGGCAAGAACUUGGGGAUCUAUUGGCAAACAAUGAAGAUGUGAGCCGGUCCGCGGCAUCAGUGACAUUUAAUAUUCAUACUAAUUUUUGCUCGCAGCUUAAACAAAUUGUCGACCGUUUACCCAGAAAUGUCAUGACCUUAAUCUUCCACACCUACAGCAGCCAGGAACUCUACCAAACAACACCAGAAACCUACAGAGAUCUCCAUCAGUUACAGGCCCUAUUUCCCACCAAUGCAUUCCUCCAAACCCAAGAAGCUCUCCUAUAUUACCAUGAUAAAGACAGUCUUGAUCACUACUCCAAUAUCCUAUAUGUCAUGGGUGCCCGACCACAGCUCGCUUUCGUGGCUCAAAUCGCGACCGCCACUGACAAAUUUCGACCGGAAACCUGCUGUGUAGUAGGCAACUACUAUUCCUUGAAGUCCGAACACGAAAAAGCAGUCAUGUAUUUCCGACGCGCCCUAACACUAGACCGCAAUUUUUUGUCCGCCUGGACCCUAAUGGGACACGAGUACAUUGAAAUGAAAAACACCCAUACCGCCAUCGAAUCAUACCGCCGUGCUGUCGACGUGAACCGCAAAGAUUAUCGUGCCUGGUACGGUCUAGGCCAAGCGUAUGAAGUUCUUGAUAUGUCAUUCUACGCACUCUUCUACUACCAACGAGCCGCGGCUUUACAGCCAUAUGACCCUAAGAUGUGGCAAGCAGUCGGUUCUUGCUAUGCAAAAAUGGGUCGUGUCGAACAAAGUAUUCAAGCUCUUAAGCGCGCGCUUGCUGCGGGCGCAUACAAUGCAGACGGCGGACAAGCAGUUGGUGCAAGUCCUGGCUCUGGUACUCGGAAGAUUCUCGAUAUCGAAACAUUACAUCAAAUUGCAACUCUCUACGAGCGUCUUGGUGAUGAAGAAGAAGCAUCUGCGUAUAUGGAGUUGACUCUUCAGCAAGAAUCUGGAGGUGCACCUGUUAAUGAAGAAGUUAACUCGGAUGAGGAUGAAUACUCCUCUGCAUCUGAGAAUGCAGCCCACAGUGACGACGAAGCCAAUCACUCCGAUGACGAUGGAGAUACGCGCCAAGGUCGUCGCCGCAAGCCCCGCCCGAGGACAUCAUCUUUUGGGAUGCAGAAUGAUGACUCCAGCGCUAGUGAAACAUGGCAUCAUGGUACAGGUCCUACUGCUACCACGUCUAGGGCGCGGCUGUGGUUGGCACAAUAUGCUUUACGGCAGGGCGAUUUAGAUCGCGCGGAUCAGUUAGCGGGAGAGUUAUGUCAGGACGGGUUUGAGGUUGAAGAGGCGCGGGCGCUCAUGAGUGAUGUUCGAGCUAGGAGGGAGGGCGGGGGUUAA